UUAAUUUUAGCGCGCUGCAUGAUGGGAUAUGAUGAUGGUUGCUUACGCGGAGGGCGCAUGCCUUUGAACUGGUGCAGAAACAUCGUGAAAAAUAUUCCUGUUUACGUCCCUUUUACGUCAAUCGCAACCAGUCAACACAGACGAUGUAAACUACAGGGACGGCACUUAAUCUAGGAGAAUUAAAAUAAUAGCCAGUGAUGGCGAACAAGAGUAACGACAUGGACCUGAGUCUCACCGGUUCCCAGAUCUCGUCUAUGAAAAGGCCCAGCUCGGCCAGCAACCGGCCGUCCUCGGCCAGCAGUGGGACCAGACAGGGUACCAGUGGCAGUCGCACCACUCCGAAGACAUCCAACCACGUGCGGACAAGCAGCAGCAACAGCAGUUCGGGGGCUGGGGCACGGAGACCUAGCCCUGGCAGACACAGAACCGAAAGGACUAACUCUACUAGUGGUAUUUCAAAUGGGCCUGCUUUGAAUUCUACACCCUCAUCAAAUGAAAGGCAUAAAAGAGCGUCGAGUCACAAUGCUCAGUUGAGUCAGCGCAGCAAUACAAGUGAGAAUAGCAGCGGGGCGUCAGGAAUCAGCCGAGAUGCUCCAAGUAGUGCCACAGAUUUCCUGGCCCUGUUUGACAGCAGCCACCAACCCAUCAUCAAGAACCGAUCCAGCAAACCCAAGAAAGCAUCCACCCGCAACCACUGGAAUGAGCCUCCAUCGGGCAGAGCCUUUGCAAUACCCUCCAGUGCCCGAAGCAGCAGUACCAUUGACUCCUACACCCUCAACAGUGGACGGCAGGACACGUCCCGUGAUACCUCCCGCGACACGUCCCGCCUCAGCACCCCGGCCCCCCUGCAACUCAACACCCACACCACCCUCCUCUCAAAACAGGAGAACCAGACCUCCCCGAUCCCCGUGGAUGCAAUGCACCUGUUGAAGAACUCCAUGAAUACCAAUAACACCAACCUGGACUCCGCGCCCCCUUCCGGAGCCGGGGAUGCCCAGCUGGUCAGCAGCUCUGAGAAGAAUUUCCGAGCCCCGAGUCCCCUGAAACCGACCGCCAACUCCAGUAGACUCUUCACGCAGCCUUCGCCUCGCGAGAGCGACUCUCGAAACGGCCACCGAACUCCGAGAAGAGACCCUGUCCCCCCUUCACCGACGCAUCCCGUUGCUGAGAAUUACAUUGAGUCUGUGAACGAGGCGGCCAGCACUAUCCAGAGGUGGUACCGGAAGAACGCCAGUACGAGGCGGAAGGAAGGGGAGGAGGAGAUCAGGAGGAUCCUGCACCAGAAGAGGCGGGAACGGGAGGAGUUGCUACGGCAACAACAACAGGAGACGGAGGCCGAGCUCAAAAAGGAAGAUGACAGGAAGAGGUCGAGGGAGGAGAAAGCUCGGCAGGCUAGACAGGCAGCUAUUGAGGAACUUCAGAGGAAGCGGGAGGAGAAGGCCAGAGACAUCCGGGAGAAAGCAGAGGAGGAGCUACGCUUCCUGCAAACCAGCGGCAAGGUCUCCAAGAAGCCCUCGGCCAAGCCCCGGCAGCGAAGCUCCAGCAACGCCAGCAAGAAACAGAAGGAUAGUAAGCCUCCUUCCCCUGGGGUGGAGAACGGUGACAAUACCCCCGACGAACUGGUGGGAGCUGUGGGAGGGGUAGGACCACGACCGGGAACAGCGAGUAGCCUCGGUCGGAAGGUGGACGAAAUAUUCGAUGAGCCCUCAACACACAGAACCCAGGUAACAGAGGAAGAGCCAGCAGGAACACCAAGCAUCGCCGGCACAAAGACAACCCUAACAGACCUACUUGACACCUUGAAGCUGCUGGAGGAGCCAGUGAGGGUCCCUAGCCCCACGGAGAAGAAGAAAAAAGGACCCGCCUGGCUAGACAUCCUGGACGACAAAGAAGAAGUAGAAGACGAGGAUGAGGAUGCUCCUGGAUUGUCCAGACAGCGAACCUCAAAGAGACAGGAGGUGUAUCUCUCGGCUGAGAACCUCCAGCAGGUGAUGGCAAGCACCAAGCCGGCAGCGCCUAAGCCUUCAGAGGCGGGGCCCAAGAUGGUAUCACACCACACCUUGCUCACGGAGGAUAAACUCAAGAGCAUCAUGUCCUUCCUUGAUGAGGUUGACCAUGCAGACAAGGAGGACAUUGUCAGUCAGGUCAUUCAGUCUCAAGAUGCGACCUCUGCAGUCAGCCAGUCGGUCCUCCUGGUCCCCUCGGCAGCCGAGCUCCACAAGCUGGAGCAGGCCUCAGCCGCUGCCUCAGAGGUGACCAACACGGUCCUGUCUCAGCGGCUGCAACUAGAGGAGAAGGAUCGGUCUGUCAAGAUGCUGCAGAAAGCCCUGAACCAGCAGCGAGAGCUGACGGUCCGUCACGCCAAGGAGCAGGAGAAGGAAAUGAAGAAGAGGCUGAGUCUACAGAAGGAGGAUUAUGAGGCAGCUGUCAAGAGACACCUGUCAUUCAUUGACCAGUUGAUUGAUGACAAGAAAAGUCUCAGCGAAAAGUACGACUCCGUGGUCAAGGAUUUGAAGUCAGUGGACAAGAAGUACCAGACUAAGCUGAAAACCAUGGAAGACACGCACAAUACUGAAUUGCAAAAGGUGAAGGACGUCCAGGCGGCUGCUGAGAAGAUCCGACGAGAGAAAUGGAUUGACGAGAAAACCAAGAAAAUCAAGGAAAUCACAGUCAAAGGCCUGGAGCCCGAGAUCCAGCGGCUCAUCGCCAGCCACAAGACAGAGAUCAAAAAGCUGAAAGCCAUCCACGAGGCGGAGCUACUGCAAUCUGAGGAGCGGGCGGGAGGGAAGUACGUCCGACACACGGAGGAGCUGAGAGACCAGCUGGCUGCAGAGAAGGAAGCAGCCUGCUCCAGGGAACGAGAACUAGCCAAGUCAAGAUAUGAGAAGCAGUUGGAGCAAGAGGAGGCGGCCUACCAGCAGCAGCGACGGCGCCUCUACGCUGACAUCCAAGAGGAGAAGGAGCGACUUGCAGAGCAGGCCAAGAGGCAACGCCAAGAGGCGGACCGGCUGAGCCUGCAGAUGGAGGAGAACAGCAGGAAGGCACUGACGGCCAUGAAGGAGGAGUUUGAACAGGCCAGGGACGAGCAGGAACGCAGGCACAGGGCUGAAGUGAAAGAUUUAGAUGAGAGAUUAAAGAUUGAGAAAGAAGCAUGGGAAGAGAACUACAUGAAGAAACAGGAAACCUGGCUGCUGUCCAAGGAGCGUGAGCUGAAGGACCAGGUGCGUAAGGAUCGAGACAAGGAGAUUGAGCUGGUCCUCACCCGGCUGGAGGAGGACGCAGCUACGGCCAGAGAGGAGUGUGAGAGAGCUGCCGAGAACAGGGUCAAGAGGAUACGAGACAAAUACGAGGCGGAGUUGAGGGAGAUAGAGCUAUCGGAGCGUAACACCCAGGACAGGUACAAUGACAUGAAGGCCCGGCUAGCUGAUGUCGAAGGGGAGAACAUCAGGAUCAACGGACUGAUGAAACAAAAAGAACAAGAAGUGGAUGACAUCAAGAAGAUAUGCGACAGGCUGACCAACGAGCGCAACAACGUGCAGGACGUGAUCCGGCAGGAGUUUGCCGACCGGCUGGUGGCCACCGAGGAGGAGAACAAGAGGCUGAAGAACGAGAUGUCGGAGAUGAGGGCGAGGCACAAGCUGGAGCUGAGCCGCAUCCAGGAGAGCAAGGAGGAGGAGAUGGAGGAGGUGCACAAGAGGGUCAAGCAGGCCAUCGUCAAGAAAGAGGAGACGGUCAGCCAGCUGAGACAGCAGCACGCAGCGGCGGUCAAGAGGGCUGACCACCUGGAGUCCUUACUGGAACAGCAGCGGAAACAGCUGGUCAAGAAAUGACCCCUGGGGCCGCCCAUACAUUGCUGUUGACAUGCAGCAGGUGUAAUGCUGCAGUAGUGCCUGUCAUUUUAACAUUGAGGACAACUAGAUUUUAUGGUGUGUGAAAUAAGUAGAUGUCUACUGUGCUGUCUAGUAUUUAGUGCCUUCUUCAAAAUGUAGAUUUGUGUUGAAAACACAAAAGGGCAAAACGACUUUAAAUGCCCCAAAAUCUUUUCAAGAUCGUCCAUUAGCAGUUUCAGAAGCUUUAGUGCCUUUUUUU